AUGAAGAAAAAGUAAGAUUAAUUGCAAAAAGAAGAAACCAAAAUUUCAUAAUCAUAGUCUCCGUCUUUAAAACCAGGAAAGUUAGAAACUAUAAAAGCAGGAUAAUCUUCCUAAAAAGAAUAAAUAGUUACUAAACCAAAUGUUCCUUCUACUUAAAAACAAACUAAUGAAUCUAAAAGUUUGACAAAUAAAAUUUCAAAUGAAGAUAAAAAAACUAUUGCCAGCAAAGCAAAUCCUUUAUCUUAAAAAAUUUCAACUGCUAAAACUAGUAAUAAGAUUGCGAGUUCACAAAAAUCUACUGCCAAACUUAAUGAUAAAAAAGAUGGUAAACUUUCAAAAAAGCCACUAGUUGGAAAGGUAAAAGGGUAAAACGUUUUUGCUAUGAUUAAUAAGAAUAUAAUCUAAUCUAUUAUAGCCUUUUUGAGUCCUUAAGAAACAUGUAAAUUAGCAAUAACUAGCAAAUCUAUGUACGAAUUAACAAAUUAUGGGGUACAAAACAUAAUUAAUAAUUUGAAUUAAAAAAAAUUAUUACUAUAGUAGACUCAUAAUUUGAAUGAAGAUUAAUUGAAAGCUAUAAUUUAUUUAAAGCAUUUUGAUGCUUUUAAUAUAAGAAAUGGAGGUUAUUUUUCAUGUCAUGAUUUUAAAAUACCUGAAUUAAAAGAGUUAAUACAUACACUAUGGUUAAUGGUAGCAGAAAAAGAUUCUGAAGGAAUUAAAUAUUUGGAUAGUAAUUUUGGAGAAGAGACCUUUCACUUUCAUACUUAUCAUAAUUUAUAGAAUGCAACAGCUGACAAGAUAUAAAUAUUAGAUUAAUGUCUCAGCAAAUAUACUGAUGAAUUUGUUGAAAAUGGAAAAUUAAAAGACAAAUACAGUAGGAUUGAUGUAAUUUUGCUCUAAAAAUACUUAAAUGGCAUUAGGUAUUACAUAAAAUUGAAUUUUAAUACUGAAAGUCUAAAACAUUUAGAAAAACUAUAUAUGAAGGAUUUUAUUAAACUUGAUAAAAUCAUUUACUUCUACUAAAAAAUAUAUAAACAGAGCAAAGAAAGAUUAGAAAUUUAUAAAUAUGAUUUAUCUGAAGUUAAUAAAAGGAGAAAAAUAAAAGACAUUCCACAUAGUUUUUUUGACUGA